GCGGCGGCGGCGGCGGCGGCAGCGGCGGCCGCCGUGCCCCGGUUGCGGCCGCCGCACGACAACCGCACCAUGGUGGAGAUCAUCGCUGACCACCCGGCCGAGCUCGUCCGCACCGACAGCCCCAACUUCCUGUGCUCUGUGCUGCCCUCGCACUGGCGAUGCAACAAGACCCUGCCCGUGGCCUUCAAGGUGGUGGCCCUGGGAGAGGUACCAGAUGGAACUGUGGUUACCGUCAUGGCGGGCAACGACGAAAAUUAUUCUGCCGAGCUCCGAAAUGCCUCUGCUGUUAUGAAAAACCAAGUAGCGAGGUUCAACGAUCUGAGAUUUGUGGGCCGGAGUGGAAGAGGCAAGAGUUUCACCUUGACCAUAACUGUCUUCACAAACCCUCCCCAAGUAGCCACCUAUCACAGAGCUAUUAAAGUUACAGUGGAUGGACCCCGGGAACCCAGAAGGCACAGACAGAAGCUUGAUGACUCUAAACCUAGUUUGUUCUCUGACCGCCUCAGUGAUUUAGGGCGCAUUCCUCAUCCCAGUAUGAGAGUAGGUGUCCCGCCUCAGAACCCACGGCCCUCCCUGAACUCUGCACCAAGUCCUUUUAAUCCACAAGGACAGAGUCAGAUUACAGACCCCAGGCAGGCCCAGUCUUCCCCGCCGUGGUCCUAUGACCAGUCUUACCCCUCCUACCUGAGCCAGAUGACGUCCCCAUCCAUACACUCCACCACCCCGCUGUCUUCCACACGGGGCACGGGGCUUCCUGCCAUCACCGACGUGCCCAGGCGCAUUUCAGAUUCGGAGCCCAGUACGUUGGACUCUCCGUCUUCCACCACUCUGUUCCUCUCCUCCGAGGAGCCGGGCCCCUCCACCGCCGCGCUGCCUUCUCCCUCCUCCUCCUGCGAGCCCCAGGCCUUUUCCCCCGGCGCCUCGGUGCUGCCCCCGCUGCUGCCGCCGCCGCCCCCCGCGGCCGCCGCGCCCCCGGGGCGCGCGGGCCUCUACUCGGUGGUCGUCUCCUCCCCGGAGGGGGCCCCGCGCCUCGGCGACUGGCUGCCCGGAGGCCCCGCGGCCACCCCUCCCGGCGUCCGCAGGGAUGAGCGGGAGCGACCGGGGCCCGAGAGGGGCCGUGCCCCGCGCCCGGGCGCAGCGGGCAGGGAGGAGGGCGCUGAGGCCCCAGCAGCCUCCCCGCCACCCUGCGCCCCGUACGCUGCUCCCGCCAGCUUGGAAGCCAGCGUCGGGGACAUCCUGGCGGAGCUGCGGACCAUGAACGGCCACCUGGACGUCAUCGCGAGGGCCCUCACCAAGCUGGCCUCGUCCCUGGCGCCUCCGCCGCAGCCCCUGCAGGAGGCCCGGGACGCCGACUAGUUAACCGAGCUGCCGCCUGCCUGUGCACCUUAGCCGCGCUCAGCAAAGGGACCCCCAGGGCACCGGGCCUCCCCGCCUGGCCUGCCCGUCGUCACAGGGGAGCCCAGCAGAGGCAGCAGAGGAGGGGAUUACUCUGCAGGGCGUCUCGGUCUGAAAUGAUGGUGCUUCUCAGGCUCUGGGCGGACAGGCCCUUUCUCAGCAAAAGCACGGCUGUCCCACCCCUCCCUGGGCUCUCCUGCCCUUCCAAGGCCCUUCUCCUCGUUUUGGAAAAGGCCUUGAGCUCUGGCAGGAUUGGUGGCCCUGGAUGGCGGUGGGACCUCGGGAAGGAUGCUCCGAGAACUAUCCUCUCGCGUCCCACAUGUGUAUGGAGGGAAAGCAAGCCGGCUCCAGCUUUCCUCGCCGGGUUGUUGACGGUGUAUCUGAUCUCUGGGGCCGUUUAUGUAUUUCUUUCGAAAGAGUUAUUUUUGGCUGAUUAACUUUAUUUUUUCUCAUUAUAACCACAUUUUAAGAAGUUGGGGAAAUAGAGAAGUGAAAAAAAAAAUCUGAUGUAUUUGGAGAAGGGGGGAUAUUUAAGUCUUUCUUAUGAAUAAGAAAGUAUUUGAGUCAGAAAUAAAAAUUUUAUAUGUACUCUCUGGA